GAUGAAUUUAAACUUAAACAAUGAUUCAUCCCUGUGCAGUGUGGUGCGGGAAAGAGAUAUAAUCAUCGCUCUUCACAGACACCACAGUGUUGACUGAUUCUCCCAACAACUCUGGGAUGGAUAAUAUGCGAAAUGAUUCCAAUUCCAAGAGCAAGAUGAGCCGACAAAAGGCCGACCUGGGCGCCACUUUGCGGAAAUCGUGGUACCAUUUGAGGUUGUCGGUGCGCCAUCCCGCUAGGGUUCCGACGUGGGACGCCAUCGUGCUCACCGCCGCUAGCCCCGACCAGGCCCAGCUCUAUGAAUGGCAGCUCAAUCGAGCCAAGCGAAUGGGGCGCAUAGCUCACUCCACUGUCACCUUAGCCGUGCCCGAUCCUCACGGUCACCGUAUCGGCUCCGGCGCUGCUACUCUCCACGCCAUUUUCGCCCUCGCCAAUCACUAUCAACGGGAAGCAGAUGCAAGCCACUUGAACUCUGAAUCCUUUUCCCAAUUCAACAGAUCUGAGGAGGGUGACGAUCCUCCAUUUUCUUUAGCUGACUUGAUUGCCAAGAGACAUAUCCUACUACUUCAUGCUGGUGGUGACUCUAAAAGGGUACCAUGGGCUAAUCCUAUGGGCAAAGUGUUUCUGCCGCUGCCAUAUUUGGCGUCAGACGACAGCGAUGGGCCAGUGCCCCUUCUUUUUGAUCACAUACUUGCAAUUGCUUCUUGUGCUAGACAAGCUUUCAAAAAUGAAGGUGGUAUACUUACAAUGACUGGUGAUGUUCUUCCUUGUUUUGAUGCAUCCAGUUUGGUUCUUCCUGACGAUGCUUCCUGCAUUGUCACGGUUCCUAUUACUCUUGACAUUGCUUCCAAUCAUGGUGUCAUUGUGGCAUCAAAGACUGGGAUUUCUAAUGAGAAAGUUUCUGUUAACGUAGUGGAGAAUCUGCUUCAGAAACCCUGUGUAGAAGAGCUUAUUAAAUAUCAGGCUAUUCUUGAUGAUGGUAGAGCACUGCUUGAUACAGGAAUAAUUGCGGUUAGAGGUAAAGCCUGGGUGGAUCUUGUAAACCUUGCCUGUUCCUGUGAACCAAUGAUUUCUGAACUUCUGGAAAGAAAAACAGAGAUGAGUUUAUAUGAAGACCUUGUAGCAGCCUGGGUACCCGCAAAGCAUGAUUGGUUACGACCACGGGCUUUGGGUAGUGAACUUGUACAAAGAUUGGGGAAACACAAGAUGUUCAGCUAUUGUGCUUAUGAUCUCUUAUUCCUGCACUUUGGCACCUCAAGUGAAGUGUUGGACCAUAUGAGUGAAACUGGUUCUGGACUUGUUGGUCGAAGGCACCUGUGUUCCAUUCCAGCAACCACUGUCUCUGACAUUGCUGCCUCAGCUAUUAUUCUAUCAAGUAAAAUAGAACCAGGAGUCUCUAUUGGAGAGGACUCUCUCAUAUAUGAUUCCUCCAUUUCAGGUGGUAUACAGAUUGGUUCUCUGUGUAUAGUUGUGGGAGUUAAUGUGCCAGUGGCUAACAAUAUGAAGGCACAAGAAUCAUUCAGCUUUAUGCUUCCAGACCGUCAUUGCCUUUGGGAAGUUCCUUUGGUAGGGUGCUCAGAACGGGUAAUUGUGUACUGUGGUCUCCAUGAUAACCCAAAAAGUCUACUCUCCAAGGAUGGGACCUUCUGUGGGAAACCCUGGAGGAAGGUAUUAGAUGACUUAGGCAUUCAAGAGACUGAUCUAUGGAGCUCAGAUGGAUCUCCUGAAAAAUGCCUUUGGAAUGCUAAAAUAUUCCCUAUUCUUCCGUACUUUGAUAUGCUCACUCUGGCAAAAUGGCUAACGGGAUUGGACAAUCAACAGAAUGAAGCCUUGUUUUCUCUAUGGAAGAAGUCACGCCGCCUGAGUUUGGAGGAGUUGCAUAAAUCAAUUGAUUUUCCACAGAUGUGUUCAGGUUCGAGUAAUCAUCAAGCAGAUCUAGCUGCUGGAAUUGUUAAUGCAUGCAUUAAUAUUGGGCUGCUUGGGAGGAAUAUAUCUCAAUUGUGUGAAGAUAUACUGCAGAAAGAAGCUUCCAGAGUUGAGAUUUGUGAAGGUUUUCUUUCGGUAUGUCCUAAACUGCACACUCGACAUUCUCAACUCCUACCUAAAAGCAGGGCAUAUCAAGUGCAUGUUGAUCUUCUAAGAGCAUGCGGCAAAGAGAAGAUGGCAAGUGAAUUGGAGCAGAAAGUCUGGGCCGCAGUUGCUGAUGAAACUGCUUCAGCCGUGAGAUAUGGAUUCAGAGAGAAACUCUUGGAGUCCAGUUCACUGUCUAAUGUUGCUUAUCUUAACAAUAAUGUGGAUGGUGGUGCGAAGCAAUCUUUCUUCUCUAGAAUGGUGAAGAUUGAGCUACCUGUUCGGGUGGAUUUUGUUGGAGGUUGGAGUGAUACUCCUCCUUGGAGUCUAGAGCGUGCUGGGUAUGUCUUGAAUAUGGCGAUAACAUUGGGAGGUUCUCUUCCUAUAGGUACAACCAUUGAGACAAAAAAGGGGACUGGAGUACUCAUCAUGGAUGAUAUAGGAAACCAGUUAUAUAUUGAGGAUCUCUCCACAAUUGCACCUCCAUUUAAAAGUGACGAUCCAUUUCGUCUUGUCAAAUGUGCAUUGCUGGUUACCAAUGUCAUUAACGAUAAUGUCCUUCAAUCAAUGGGCUUGGAAAUCAGGACCUGGGCCAAUGUUCCACGUGGUAGUGGCUUGGGAACUUCUAGCAUCUUAGCAGCAGCAGUUAUCAAAGCAAUUUUACAGUUGAUUAAUGGAGACGAAAGCAAUGAAAAUGUUACAAGACUUGUUUUGGUAUUAGAACAGCUGAUGGGCACGGGAGGUGGCUGGCAGGACCAGAUUGGUGGUCUAUACCCUGGGAUAAAGUUUACCACAAGUUUCCCUGGAAUCCCAUUGCGGCUUCAAGUUCUUCCCCUCUUGACUUCCCCUCUGUUGAUUGAAGAGUUGCAACAACGGCUCCUUGUUGUAUUCACUGGACAAGUCCGGCUUGCUCACCGAGUCCUACAAAAGGUGGUGACUCGCUAUCUCCAGCGGGAUAAUCUUCUCGUGUCAAGCAUCAAGCGACUUACAGAACUGGCAAAGCUCGGGAGGGAAGCUCUAAUGAAUCGCGAUAUUGAUGAACUAGGGGAGAUAAUGCUAGAGGCUUGGAGGCUGCAUCAGGAACUCGAUCCUUAUUGCAGCAAUGAGUUUGUUGACAAGCUCUUUGUGUUUUGCCAUCGCUUUUGCUGUGGCUACAAGCUCGUGGGCGCUGGUGGUGGGGGUUUUGCAUUAUUAUUGGCUAAAAACCGCGAAUCUGCCGAGGAGCUGAGGCAUUUACUCAAAGAGAAAUCUGAGUUUGAUGUCCAAGUAUACAAUUGGCAAAUCUUGCAAAGCUAGCUGGAAGAUGAUAUUAUUUGAUUCAGCCAGGUAUUGGUGUAAUGAUGUAUAGAACCAUAGCCGCAGGUCGACAAGAAAAUUACAAUUCAAAAGGUUUAUUACUUCGAUUUUUUUAUUAAAUAUUACGGAGUAAUUAAUAAAAAAAA